CGCGGUGACGGGAGCGCUUCGCUGUCCUCUGCCCUGCCCGGUCCCGUUCCCGGUCCCGCUCCUAUGGAUCUCCCGCCCGCCGCUCUCCACCGCCGCCGCCGCCUCUCGCUCGUCUCGCCGGCGUCCCCCGCCUCGCCCGCCGUGGUCAAGGCGCUCUUCCAGGACGAGCUUUCGCCCGUCUCCGACCUCCGCCUCAGCAUGGAGCAGCUUGGGCGCGGGCAGCGGGAAAACACGGAGCAAGACCUGGGGAACAAGAAUGGAUUGCAGAGAUCUUCAUCCUCAGAAUCCACAGACUCAGGUUUGGCUUUGGAUUCCCCCGGCCCUGCGACCUCCGGCGACCCCGUGGAGGACACGUUUGAGAAAGCAAUUCUCAAAUCCAGCAGACUGAACCUUCGAAUACCUUUCAGGAGAAUACACUCCCUGCCACAAAAUCUGCUGGGAUCCAGCCCUGCCCUGAAGAGAAACCAUUCAGAUUCUCUGGACAGUGAUGCUUUCCAGCCACUGGCACAAGAUGAAAAUAAGGAGAAUGAAUCAUUUGAGUUUAAGAAGCCAACCAAACCAGCCUCUCGUUGCUUCCGUGAUGGAAGGGCUGGAGCGAGGCAGAAUUCAUCUCCAGCUCAGAUUAUCGCCAUGGAUGAAACCCCCUCGGGUGAGCAGGAGAACUACAGGCCAGCCUUCCUGCAGCAGCAUUCCCUGACCUCGGAAAGCGAGGACGACGACGGGUUCCUGGAGCUGCUGGAUGACCAGGAUUUGAAGAACGACGAGGAGGUGCCGUCGGACGUGGCGAGCCUCUGGACCGCGCCCCUGGUCAUGAGGAGGGCGGACAAUCGGGCCAAACGGUGCCGCUUGUUUGGCUCUUCAUCCGUGUCCAGCAUUGCAGGAAGAACCACCCAGAAGAGGAUGGAGAGAUCCCAGGAAGACAAUUCCCCAGGGAAAAGCAAGAAGAGGAAAAGCCUGCCUGGAACUUCCGAGGACCCAACGAAUGUGAAACUGGUGAGGACCCAACCCUCCACAGCAGAGAUCGAGAGCAUCUUGGACAGCGACCAGAGAGACCUGAUUGGGGACUUCUCCAAGAGUUAUUUACUUGACACUGUUGAUGGGAAACAUCAGGAUUUAAAAUACAUCGACUCGGAAAUGAUUGUGUCCGUGCUGACUGGGAAGUUUGAGAGCUUCAUCAAGCAAUGUGUGAUAAUGGACUGCAGAUACCCCUACGAGUACGAAGGAGGGCACAUCAAGGGUGCCAUAAACCUCCACAUGGAAGAGGACGUGGAGAACUACCUGCUGAAGCAGCCGAUCGAGCCGGCGGAGAACAAGCGGGUCAUCGUGGUGUUCUACUGCGAGUUCUCCUCGGAGCGGGGCCCUCGGAUGUGCCGGUUCGUGCGGGAGCAGGACAGGCUGAGCAACGAGUACCCCAGCCUGCACUACCCAGAGCUCUACGUGCUCAAGGGGGGCUACAAGGAUUUCUUCUCGAGAUGCAGGAGCUUCUGUGAGCCCGAGAGCUACCGCCCGAUGCACCACAAGGACUUUAAGGAGGACCUGAAGAGGUUCCGCACCAAGAGCCGGACCUGGGCUGGGGAGAAGAGCAAGAGGGAGAUGUACAGUCGCCUGAAGAAGCUCUGAGGGCUGUGGGCACCCAGCACGGACUGUCCAGCGUGGGGGGCCUCUCUCC